GGCCAAUUAUCGGGUUCUAUUCAAAAUACUACUAACGUUAUUUUCGGUAAUUGUCUUUCUAGUCAAAGGAUGGUGCCAGUUAACCCAUUUAAAAACUAUGCUAUUAAAAGACGAGGUGAGUACUGUUCCUGCUGUCAAUAAAAUAGAAAAUUUGACUGCUCCCAAAUUUAAAAAUCUUGAUAGCAUGUACAAAACAGUGUCAAAGUACACAGAAAAUAUGAUAAAAUUGAAAUGUGAAGCUGAAGGUAACCCUUUACCAAACAUAACAUGGUAUAAAGACGGAGUCACGCCACCUCGACGUCAAAUUGGUGGUAAUAUCACAUACAUUCAAUGGGCCAUAAUACUGGAGGAUUUAACAAUAUUGGAUUCCGGUAAUUACACGUGUGAAGUGAUCAACGAGUACGGAUUUAUAGAUUUCAUUUAUAAAGUCAAAGUAAAAAAAAGAAAUAAAAAAAGGCAACCCGAUGUCACCACCUUGGAACACACCAACGCAUCGUUUAAAUGUAAUUUAAUUUCGGAUCGUUUAACACCUAAACGAUGGUUGCAUCAUGAACCUAGAUUCCAGAAUGUGAACGAUGUAAAUUUAAAUUACGGAACUCCCAUACAGGUACUGAAACACGACUUUUAAAAGAAAGUGCUACGCUAUGUCGGCUGUGAUAUUUGAUUGUAAUUAUGUACAAAUAAAAAAAUAUAUAGUACACAAAUUAUGUACAAAUCGGGGCUUACAAAUAUUUUGAUUUAUAGAGACAGUGCUCCUUCAUGAGACAUUCAAUGCAGCAAUGGAAUAAUAACCCACAAUUUUGUAAUAUUUGAAUUAGUGAUAUUAAUGACAUAGUUGCUCUAACCAUACCAUUCAAUUCAUAGAUAGUAAAUUCAA